GCGACGUAAAGGGCGCUCUGUGAGCCCGUCUCUCCUCGAAUGAAAGGAAACAACCUCCGGCGACAGAGCCCCGCUCCCAGGCGCUGCCGGAGGACCGAGAUCGACUUCUUUCUGUUUUCCCUCACUGGCACUUCUCCCCUGCUGUUCGCCUCUGGGCCCCACCGCAUUUCUUGAGGCUUAAAGUGGCAUUCUAAAGGCAAUUGUAAAAUGUCAAGCUCAGUUGAACAGAAAAAAGGGCCUACAAGACAGCGCAAAUGUGGCUUUUGUAAGUCAAAUAAAGACAAGGAAUGUGGACAGUUACUAAUAUCUGAAAACCAGAAGGUGGCAGCACACCAUAAGUGCAUGCUCUUUUCAUCCGCUUUGGUAUCAUCACACUCUGAUAACGAAAGUCUUGGUGGAUUUUCUAUUGAAGAUGUCCAAAAGGAAAUUAAAAGAGGCACAAAAUUGAUGUGUUCUCUGUGCCAUUGUCCUGGAGCAACAAUUGGUUGUGAUGUGAAAACUUGUCACAGGACAUACCACUACCACUGUGCAGUGCAUGAUAAAGCUCAAAUCCGAGAGAAACCUUCACAAGGAAUUUAUAUGGUUUAUUGCCGAAAACACAAGAAAACUGCAUGUAACUCUGAAGCAGCUGAUUUAGAAGAAAGUUUUAAUGAACAUGAACUGGAGCCCUCAUCACCUAAAAGUAAAAAGAAAAGUCGCAAAGGAAGGCCACGAAAAACUAAUUUUAAAGGGCUAUCUGAAGAUACCAGGUCCACAUCCUCCCAUGGAACAGAUGAAAUGGAAAGUAGUUCCUAUAGAGAUAGGUCUCCACACAGAAGCAGCCCUAGUGACACCAGGCCUAAAUGUGGAUUUUGUCAUGUAGGAGAAGAAGAAAAUGAAGCAAGAGGGAAACUGCAUAUAUUCAAUGCCAAGAAGGCAGCGGCACAUUAUAAGUGCAUGUUAUUUUCUUCUGGCACAGUCCAGCUCACAACAACAUCAAGAGCAGAAUUUGGAGAUUUUGAUAUUAAAACUGUACUUCAGGAGAUUAAGCGAGGAAAAAGAAUGAAAUGUACACUUUGCAGUCAGCCUGGUGCUACUAUUGGAUGUGAAAUAAAAGCCUGUGUUAAGACUUACCAUUACCACUGUGGAGUACAAGACAAAGCUAAAUACAUUGAAAAUAUGUCACGAGGAAUUUACAACGGCGGAACAAAAGAAGCUUGAAUAAGAAGUUUGUUUCUCUCAUAAAAGAUGUCCAGAGGGAAGCAAUCCAGAUGUGGUAGGCAGUUUUUUAGUGGAGACCCAGAUUACCGUCUUUCUACUCUCUCAUCCUUGGGGUAUCCUUCCAUAGGAGGAAGCUGGAACAAAGGAAAAUAGAAGGAUAAAUUAUCUAUUCCUCUAGCUAGGUCAGUCUUUCGUCAGCCUUCCAUAAAGUUCCACACAUACUUCUGCUGAGCAGGUCACUGACCAGAAUUUACAUGUCCAAAGAAGGUUGGGAAAUGUGGGCACAUUGCUACCCAAAUAAAAUCUGAUUUAGUACUACAGAGGGCAGGGGAGAAAACAGAUACUGGGUAGUCAUUUUUAUUACAUGCAGCCCAGAGAAUUUUUAAUGCAAUUAGUAAAUCCCCUAUUAGACAUCAAAACAAAUCAUAGUGAUUAAGACAGCUUGGUACUGGCACAGUAACAAAGAUCACAGGAAAUAGAUCCAUAUCUUCUUGUACUCUUAGAAAUAAUUAGGGUAGCAUUUUAUAUCUGUUAGCACAGAUGGAUUAGUCGGUAUCUGAUAUCUACACAGUUGAUUCUCCAUUUAGAAAACAACUUGGAUCCUUACUUCAGACUGUACCCCAAAAUAGAUUCUUGAUGGAUUAAAUCUAAUAAAAAUAACUGUAUAAAUAGAAAAUAUAGGAGAAUUUUUCUAUAAUCUUAAGUAGAGAAGUCCUUUCUAAGCAUGAGAGGAAACAAUUUUUAUUUGACUACAUUAGAAUUAGACUACAUAAAGAGAACUUCAAAUUGUUAAGAAAAAUACAACCUAAUUUAAAAAUGGGCAAAAUACAAGAACAGGCAGUUUACAGAAGAAAUAGCCAUCAGCUGUAAGCAUGUGAAUAACUGUUCAACCUUAUAUGUAUUGAAGGAAAUGCAAAUUAAAAUAAAAUGUUAUCAAUUUCUGUGAAUUAGAUGGGCAAAGAUUAGUAGGAUACACAUUAUCAAAUGUUAGCUAGGUUCUGGAGACACAGACAUUCUCAUUCAAUGUUAAGGUAGAAUGUAAAUUGGUACAACUUCUUAGGAGAGCAAUUUUUUAUUGGAGACCAAAACCUUAAACAAAAUAAUGAAUAUCUUUUGCUAUUAGUCUGUUUUGUAGGGAUUUAUCUCAGGGAAAUGAGCAGGUAACAGUAUGAAUGUAAAUAAUGUACAUGCAAGAUGUUUCACUACAUUAUUGUUAAUGAUAGUGGCAGUACCCACAAGGGCAUCUUGUCAGACUCAACUGCACUUCAGACUGACAAGAUCACCAGAGAUGGCAUCAGUGUACUCAAGAAGGAUAUAGAUAGGAAAUACAGCUCCAGCUGGGCAGAAUCAGAUAUUCCUCUUCUGUGAGAGUACUUGCAGCAGUCAGUAUAGCAGUACAACUCAGGUCUAAUAAGAUAUGAUGUGUGUUGAAUGGAUCACAUGGGAUCCACCCGGGCUUAAAAGCCUCAUUCCCCAUUGGAGCUAGCACCUCUUAUAAUAAAUAUUACAUAGGCAUAGAUAAUUUUCGAGUUACACCACACCGAGAGAGGACCAAAGAUAGGCUUCUUAUCAGAAUAUAAUUCUCCCAUUCCAGAUACAGUCUACUGAUUGGGUGACAUAGCUCAGUAAAAUAGUGGACAAGACAAUUUUUGUUAGGUUGCAGGGGAACAAAGCUAGCGAGUUAGUCAAAGGUGAAAUUCCCCCAAAAGAUUUCUGUUAAAACUUUUUAUCACAAAAUCAAAACAAAAUAGCCAGAAUGUCCAUCAAGAGACACAAAUUUCAGUACAUGCAUUUGGUAGAAUCCUAUGCAGCAAUUAAAGAAUGAAGUAGAGCUAUGUGUAGAUUUGUGGAGAGAGAUUUGAUAAGAGUAGGGAAAAAAACAAAUUGUAUAAUCCUAUUUUAGCAUGUAAAAAGAACACAUGUACACACACAUACAGUUGUAUGUUUUUGUAUACAUAGGAAAGUUUCCAGGAGCAUAUUCAGCAAACUUAACAGUCGUUACCUCUGAUUCAUAUUACAAGGAUGGAGAAGAGGCAAUUUUACAUUCUUUAUACAAUUUUGUGGUGUUUGAGUAUUUUUGUGAGCAAUACAUUAUGUGUUUAAAGGAGCCAUUAGUAUUUUAAAAUAACAGGCCCAUUUUGAACAUUUAAAAUCAAUGGAGAAUUAGUGUAUUUAAAUUUUAACCCUGUUUAGAUAUUUGUAUUACAGUAGUUAUCCAUUUUCAUUUUGGGAAAUGAAAUAAGGAAAAAACAAUGUCAACUUUAAUUCUGCCAUCAGGGACAACAAUUUAAAAUCUUUUGGAAUAUUUCCUUCUAGACAUUUGUGCAACUGUAUAUUUAUAAAAAUAAGACUUUAUUAUAUGCCCUAUUUUCUAAUCUGUUUUUCACUUACUGUAUCUGAGACCUAUUUUUGUGUGACAGAGAGUAACACCAUUUUAAUGGUUGCAUAGUAUUCCAUUAUCUAAGUGUAUCAGCUUGUUGGUUCCUUUUUCAGACAUUUAGAUGGUCUUUACAUUUUAGCUAUUAGAAAAUCAUGUUGCAGUGACCAUCCCUAAACAAAAAUACUUGCACUUGGGUCUGUGAUGACUUGAAUUGCUCUUUUUAUUUUUUCACAUUUAAAUUUAUUUCUAAAAUCUGCUUAUAAUGUGGCUUCCAUAUUUUUUCAGGGAGACCACUGAGUUCAAGUAAGAGUCCAUAUGCCAGUGGUUUGGGGAGAGAAGAAUGGACAAAUAGGAAAUACAAGGGAGACUAUUUCUGAAUGAAGUGGCUUCCCUUCCUAGAUGUGGCUUGCUUUCUUUUCCAGCCCUUUGUGGGUCUUGAAUAUAUAUUUAAAAGGCAAGGGAAGAUUAUAUAGUGAUUCUGGUUACCCUGUUUUAUUGUCUUUAUUGUAUUUCUAAACCAUUUAAGUAUAUGUUUUUCUAAGACAUCAUAUGUCCGUCUCCUACCAUAAAAAUAAGUUCUGGACAGCAAGGAUCUUGUUUGGUUGACAUCUGUGACCCUGGUGUCUAGGUUGGUGAAGGACACACAAUGGGCCUUAUCAAACAGUCCCUGAGUGAAAAGUAAUCCCAUAAAAAGAUUUAAAUUUGUUCUAACAACAAAGGGCUCAUCCUUUCAGAUAAAACUGUUACAAAAUUUCCCAAAAGUACACAGAAUAGUAUUAACAACUCCUCAACUCAGCAGGUACCCAGUUACUACCACAAUUGGUUCAUUUAUUUUUUCUUUCUGAGGUAUGUUAACACACAAUUCUAGUUCUCUUGUCAUUUUAUCCCUACAUACUUAAGUAUCACUAUGCUAUUAUCACACUUUAUAAAAUUAACAGUAAGUUCUUAGUAUCAUCUCAUACCCAGGCCACUUUCACAUCUUCCCAGUUGUCUUGGAAAUGGCUUUUUAGACUUGGAUUUGUUCAAAUCUCAAUACAUACAAGGUUUCCUACAUUGCAUUUAAUGGAUAUAUCUCUUAAGUCUCUUAAUAUAGAGCAAUCCUCACUCCACCCCCACCGUUUCCCUCUACUUGUUGAACCCUGAUAAAUUAUCCUGUAAAAGUUCCACAUUCUAGAUUUAUCUAUUUGUUUUUUCAUUGUGCUUUAUAUCUUGUUUCUCUACCCCUCCAUUUUCCUGUAACUUAUAAGUUGGUUCAAAGGCUUAAUUAGAUUCAAGUUACAUUUUGGGGGAAGAUACUUCAUAGGUGCACUACAUAGGGGUGUCAGUCUUGAUAUUUGAACUCAUCACUUUAAAAAAAGUGAUUCCUGAUACACAGCAUGUGAAGAGUGCAUUCUCCGUAAUUACUGAAAAUAUUUUAAUAAGAAACUAAUGAGCAAAACUUUCAGAAGUCAGUUGUUAUUGUUUCCCUCCAACCCCACCCCUGUCUUGUAUUCACCUCAUGUUAGAAACUUUUCAUGUUAAAUCUAGUUUUUUAGAUCAUUUGUGGCAGAUGAAUUCCUAUAUGACCACACUUACCCAUUGCUGACCACAAGAGGGCAUCCACUGAAUACUUUGUAAGCAUUGUUUCAUUUUGUCAGUUUGUACAUAAUUGACCUAAAACUGAGCUUAGAUCAGUCCACUGUUCUUUGAUUGCAGUGGAGGUGGUUAACUAUAAAAAACAUAUUGGUGUGUAUACAUUAAAGUGGUCUAAAUCCUUGUCCAAAGUCGUCUGCAUAGCUCUUUUUAUUAAAAACAGUGAAUUUCAAGUGUGACCCAACUAAGAUUGUCAGAACAGUGUGAUGUCAAAUUACCACUCCAGAGAUUAUUUGCUAAUUUUAAACGGGAAACCUAACCUUUCCAGUGGAGAAAUCUAGACAUCCUUAACCAAGUGAUCAAACAUCAUCUCUAACAGUGAAGCAUUCUGAAAUUAUAUGCCUCCUGGAAUAUGCAGGAUCCACCUACAAAAUAUGCUGGAUUAGCAAAGAAAAGUUGAACCUAAAGAUAACCUUUUUACCUUAUUUCCAGUUUAUAGAAAACAUAGGGUGAGAGAGAACCAAAAAAAAAAAAAGGCAACACAAUUAAACAGAUCCAGAAUGUGGUUAUAGUUAGUUGACAAGGAAUCUGGUCUCUUUCCCGAAAGUGAGUAUCAGAGGAAAAGUUGGAGGGACCAGUCUCGACUGAGAGAGACAUGGCCCAGUGCAGUACCUGGAAUCCUGCUAAGGUGACUCUCCAAGAUGUUCUAAUGAAGGCCAGGACAUUAAUGAUGAAAAAGGCAUUGGAAGUGUUUGAAUAAAAUUGUUUCAUGAAACAUGAGCAGAAAGCAACAGUAUGUAUAGAAUGUACAUUUCGUAAAAUGUGCUUUUAAAUUAUGAAUAUGAAACAUAGAAUUUGAUUAUUUCAUAUAUAUAUCUGAAAGUUGAUGUUUUCAGGUUGGCCGAAAACUGUUUUUAAUCUCAGUGGGCAAAAUAAGGAAUUGCCUUAUAUUUGGGCAUAUGUGAUAACUUUCAUCCUAAACUAGAGAUUUUCUUUUAGAUGAACUUCUGUCUUAUUAAUAGAGUGACUUCCUAUCUUUCAGACAGAAAUGGGCCUGUAACUAAUUGUGGAAUGUUUUUUGAAAGUGUGGAUGAGGAAACCCAUAUUUUAAAUGGGUGCCAACCUCAUCCACUGUAAUGACAAGUAUAGUCUCGUCAACAAUGACAAAACAUUUUGAGAUUUUUAUCUUUCA